AUGGCAACAAAUCCUCCGAUCCAUAGCCUCGCCACGUCUGAUGGUUGGCAUGGCGUCAUCCCCAGCGACAAGUUCCCCGCCGAGAAAGGACGUUACCACCUCUACAUCGGUCUAUUCUGUCCUUUCGCCCACCGGGUUAAUUUUGUUCGGCACUUAAAGGGCCUCACAGAUUUCAUCGAUAUCAGUAUUGUCAAGCCAUACCCGAAGGGCGACGCGAGAGGCUGGCCAGGAUGGCAAUUCCCAGCCUCCGACAAUGAAUAUCCCGGCGCGACAGUCGAUCAUCUGUUCGGCGCGCAGUAUCUGCAUGAGGUGUAUUUCCGAGGUGAUCCGGAGUACAAAGGAAGAUACUCGGUGCCCUUGUUGUGGGAUAAGAAGACCGGAACAGCUGUCUGCAAUGAAAGUGCUGAGAUGCUUCGGUGGCUUCCGCUGGCAUUUAACGAGCUACUCCCGCCAUCCCUCGCAGAAAUUGAUCUAUAUCCGACACAUCUCCGCGAAAUGAUCGACGCGGUCAGUCCUUGGGUACAGUCUGAUGUCAAUGCAGGGGUCUACAAAGCUGGAUUCGCAUCCUCGCAAGAGGAAUAUGAUAAAAAUCUCAUCCCUGUCUUUGGGGCAUUGAACAAGCUGGAGAAGAUCGUUGCGUGCCACGGGGGCCCUUUCGUUUUCGGCCAGGAUCUGACUGAGUUGGACAUCCGGCUAUACGCAACGUUAAUUAGGUUUGAUACCGUUUAUGUUCAACAUUUCAAGUGCAACCUGGGUACUAUUCGGCAUGAUUACCCAGUGCUAAACAAUUGGCUGAAAGGCAUGUUCUGGAAUGUCGCGGCUGCAAGGGAGUCCACCAACUUUCUUCACAUCAAGGAAAAUUACACAAAGAGUCAUACAGACAUCAACCCCAAGGCGAUAACCCCCAUGGGGCCGUUUCCUGAUGUCGAGGAAGGGUUUGAAGAGGACUGGAGCAAGUUGACGAUCGGCGAGGUCAAGCAACCAGAUGUGUUGAGAUAUGAACUUGGAAUUCCUAGUCCAAUGUGA